AUGGAUCUGGCCAAUCUCCUCUCCGCUCCUAAGCCAUUUACCGAGUCCUAUCAUAAGCGCUCCGUACAAGCGCCUCCCUCGCCGCCAGUCGAGGAUCAGGUCAAAUGCUCACUGCCUUCCAUUUCUUCUUUGCUGGAAGGUGCCGAUGGAGCCCAGCACUCAGCUAAGCGUCAACGUCUCUCCCCACCAUCCCGGGAGCGUGAUGUCCGCUACGACACAAUCCACCUCCCACCAACUCCUCCACUCCGCCCAGGUUCAGGAUCAGGCCACAGCGUCCGCUCCCCAUCAGAGCUAAGCACCAAGACCUCCGAGCAUCUGCACCGCUCCUCAAUCUCCAGCACCGGCAGCUCAGCUCAACAAGGUGCUCAAGGCCCCUACGCCUCGCCCGCUCCAAGUGUCUCAUCCUACUCUUCCCCCAUCGACAACCAUACACCAAUGUACUACCCCCGACCACCAACAACAUCUACAUUCGCACCCUCAACCCCCGCCACAGCACCCCUCCCAACAACAAGGCAACCAGCGCCCCAGGUCCAGAUUCCCCAGGUGCAACACCAACAUCACCACCACCAACCCGCUCAACCAUCUCCUUCAAUCAUCUCCCCCGUCACCCCAGCCUGGCAACAUCACCACUACUUCCCGCCUUCAUCGGGGACUCCUUUCCAGCCAACACAUGAUCGCUACAUCUGUCGCACAUGCCAUAAGGCGUUUUCUCGUCCUUCUUCUCUGCGUAUUCACUCCCACUCGCAUACAGGCGAGAAGCCAUUCCGUUGCACAGUGCCUGGAUGCGGGAAAGCGUUCUCCGUACGCAGCAAUAUGAAGCGUCAUGAGCGUGGUUGUCACUCUGCUCGUGUCGGUAGUGCAGUUACAGUUGCACCACCUGCGCCCACAGCAUUGGUUUCAUAA